UAUUUUUAGAAAUUGUUUUAUUUUUAAAAUAUGGCUUAUUGUAAUCGAGAACCGUCUCCUGUAUUGAGACGGAAGGAGAAGGAUCGAUGUAUGGAAUUGUUACUUGACGAGGAUAAGAUUCAUCGUAUUUUACUUCGCAGUCCAGCAAUUUGUAGAUUAGCAAAUAUUGAGUCGCCGAAUUGUAUUUGGUUUAAAUUAGUUAAUCACAUAAGCGAUGAUUUGAGAGUUGUUAGACCAGCAAAACUUGAACCACUUUUACCUAAAAGUAAAAAACCGGAAAUAAACAAAGAUGAUGUUACUUUAAAUUCGCCUGUUUUCUCUUCCACUUUGCCUGCAAAUAAUGGAUUGAAUAUUACAACAAAUACAGAAAAUCCUGAUGGAGUAUUAGUGCCGGAAGAAGAAACUUUUCAACUUCAAAAACCUCGUUCAAUUCAACUUUAUGAUUAUGUUUUGGCACCUUUAGAAGCUAAUGUUUAUGCACGAGCAAGGGUAUUUUUAUUUAUUUUUUGGUUGUUUAGCUUUUAA